AUGUGCUGCUAUUGUUUGGGCAGUCUGGUGUUGCCUUAUAUCGGCUGCAUUCAGCAAAGGUUGUGUCCAAGCUAUUUGCUUUGUACUUUCAAGUGCAUGUUGCAGGCAAAACUGGAAGAAGAACGCAGGAUGGCAGAAGAAGAGGCAAGACUGGAAGAAGAACGCAAAAGGGCAGAAGAAGAGGCAAGAUUAGAAGAACGCCGACGGGCAGAAGAAGAGGCCAGAUUAGAAGAAGAACAGCGAAGGGAAGAAGAAGAGGCAAGACUGCAAGAAGAACGCAGAAGGGUGGAAGAAGAGGCAAGAUUGGAAGAAGAACACAGAAGGGCAGAAGAAGAGGCCGCAGAAUGCAGAAUGGCAGAAGAAGAGGCCAGACAGGAAGACGAACGCGGAAGGGCAGUUAAAGAGGCCAGAUGGGAAGAAGAGCGCAGGAUGGCACAGGCGAGGGAACUUGAGGAACACAGAAGAGCUGCAGAAGAGCAGGCCGAGUUCGAGCCGAUUCCGGACGAGGAGAGCAAGUUUAGGCAGUCUGAAGAGAAGGAGAGGCGGCCGUCCAUCAAGGAUGUGCCCUCUCCAUGUCGCAGUUCACAGAGGCACCUGCCUGGUGAGCCUGAGGUGACUGAGGAUGGCUGGUCCAACAUCUCGCCGGACUUGAACUCUCGACAGAACUUGAUCGACUUUUUGGCCCUCCGGUGCAAGCAGGUGGAGACGGAGAUGCAGAAGAAGCAGACAGAGAUUCAGAAUGACAUGAACGAUUUGCUGAAGCGCCAUGAAAUGAUGGAGAGCAGGCUCAAUUCGAGUUACCAACCCCAGGGGCAGCUGGCGCUGGCGCUGGCGCCCAUGUCACCGGAAAGCCUCCAGCAUCGACCCUCGGUGGGGCGCGCCGCCCACACGCCCUCCAGCGUGUACCAGGAGAAAAGGCGCCACAGCAUCCUCGUGGAUGAUAGACAAAACUGGCAAGAGCAGCGUGCGUUUAUCAUGGAAGAUCUGCAAAAGACAUCCACUCCAAGCAGACUUUCACCGCCGAGUCCCAGGACCGAAGAAAAAAACCGGUGCAUCAAAACAUUCAAGAAAUGCACACAGAUUGAUGGCUCAAAAUCCAGAAGCCCUGGCACUCCCGUCAAGGACGAGGAGCUACAACUGCAACGCCAGUGGUGGGCCCAACAGCGAAGAGCACUUUUCAAGGAGACCCAACUGUCUUGUGAGUCUGAGGACCCCCGGACUCGGGCGUUCCCAGCGCGUUAUACCCGUGUGGUGCAAGACUUGGUCUACGCGCCAUGUGAAAAGGAAGUGCCCUUCACGCCGGGUGUGGUGGUGGAAGUCCGGGCUGAGGACGCAGUGGUCCAAGUGGCCGAUGACCUGCAGACGAUCCCACUGGGAGAUCUCCGUCGCAGGUUCAUCCGCGACGACGGCGCCACGUGCAGCGACAACACCUCCUUGGUGCACUUGAACGAUGCCACGAUCCUUGAGAACUUGAAAGCACGUCAUGAGGUCGAUGAGAUUUACACCUACACUGCCAGUGUACUACUGGCUGUGAACCCUUACAAAGACGUGACAGGGCUUUAUGGUGAAUCCCAGUGUCUCAGAUAUCGUGGCAAACACAUCGGAGCACUACCUCCGCAUCCUUAUGCGAUUGCCGACACUGCAUACCGAGCGCUGGUCCGGGAUCGGAAGAACCAGGGCUUCAUCAUCUCGGGGGAGAGCGGUGCCGGGAAGACCGAGACGGCGAAGAUUGUCAUGGAAUAUUUGGGCUAUGUCUCAGGCUCAUGCAACCAAAAGACCGAACAAAUUCAGAGGAGGGUGGAGCAAGCACAACCGAUCCUGGAAUCCUUCGGCAAUGCAGUGACGAUGAGGAACAACAACUCGUCACGCUUUGGCAAGUACAAUCGGGUGUUCUUCGAUGAGCACGGCAUCCUGGUGGAUGCCUCAGUCACGACCUACUUGCUGGAGAGCUCCAGGGUCGUGGUCCAUGCUCGUCGCGAACGCACCUAUCACUGCUUCUAUGAGAUGUUGCGAGGCUUACCGGAUGAGAAGCUUUCGCAACUGCACCUCGAGCGAGAGAAGCUCUACCUACUCCUGGCCAGUGAUGCUCAGGAGGAUCUUGCUGACGACCAGAAGUGGCAUUCACAAUUCCAGGACCGCGAUGCGAAGCUUUUCCACAAGCUGUGCGGAGCCCUUUCGACCGUGGGAUUCAGCGGGGACGAGAUCGACAAGAUCUUUCAGGUCUUGGCGGGUUUGGUUCACUUGGGCGACCUCUCCAACGGCGAGAAGGACGAAGGGGACGAGGCGGCAACAGUGCAGUUGGACCAAGAGAUCUUGAACAAGGCCUCCGCCCUGCUGGGCAUGGACUCCGACGAGCUGGGCGGAGCGCUGCGCCGGCGCCGCGUGCGCGUGACGCACGCGGGGCGGGAGUCGCUCCACGAGGUGCCGCGGACCACGUCGCAAUUUCGCCAUGCCUUGCACAGCUUGAUCAAAGCAUUGUACAAGCGUCUCUUCGAGCGCUUGGUGCAGCGGAUCAACAGUUCCUUUGGUGAAUGGCGCCGUCUGCCGGAGGAGGACGAAAAGUGGUACCAGAUCGGCAUCUUGGACAUCUAUGGCUUCGAGCGCCUGCAGCGCAACUCCUUCGAGCAGCUCUGUAUCAAUUUGGCCAAUGAGCGAUUGCAGCAGUACUUUGUGGAGAAGCUGCAAUGGCAUUCAGAUUCGUUGACAACCUCGAUGAAUGUCUUGGUGGCUGAGCAGGAUCUCUACAAGCGCGAGGGCUUGCCAUGGAUCGGCCUGGAGCUGCCGGACUCCACACCCGUGGUGUCUGCCAUUGUGCAAACCUUCAAGACCCUGGAUGAAUACUCCCAGCAGCUCGCGAAAGGAUUCGAGAAGACCUCUGACGAAGGCUUCUGCCAGAAGACCGUGGAGGAUUCGCAGAAGGACGUGCAGCGCAAGGAAGUGCUUCGACCUUUGAAGAUGUCCAACAAGCGUGGCUCCAAAGCUGGCACCUCCCUGGCCAUGAACGAGGGCUUCGUGGUCAAGCAUUAUGCGGGCAUGGUGGAAUAUAACACGAAGGGCUGGUUGGACAAGAACAACGACAGGCUUCUGGCAGAAUGCGAGGAUUUGAUUUGUACCUCCAGCUUCGAUUUCGUUGCCUCCCUUGGAGAAGCGGAUGCUGGCAAGGUGCCAUUCAGGUCGAUCAGCAAGAAGUAUUGUGCCGAUCUGGAAAAUCUGUUGGAGACGCUCAACACCUGCCACCUACACUACAUUCGUUGCUUUAAGCCGAAUGAGUUUCAAAAGCCUGCGAUCUUCAGCCAGACCUUGGUCUUGGACCAGCUGGUCCAGUGUGGCACGAUCGAAUUGGUGAAGAUCAUGCACGACGGCUAUCCAAACCGCAGCCCCUUCAAUACGAUCGUGCAACGGUUCCGAGAUCUGCUGCCCGAGAGCUUCCAGCGCUAUGGCAUGCGAACCUUCAUCGAAGCUCUGAUGUUGGCCUAUGAGGUUCCUGAGCAGGAAUGGGCCUUGGGCAUGUCACGUCUCUUCUUGAAAGCGGGGCAGCUGAAAGCCUUGGAGGACAUGCGAUCCGAAGGUGCCGAGGCAGAUCCUGAGCGCUUGAAGGCCAUCGUGCACAGCAUCAUUCGCAAGAAAUGGGUUCGCGCCAAGAACGCCAUCCAGCUGUGCCUCUAUCUGCCGAGGCGACGUGCUAAGCCGAUGUGCUAA